GCAUUUCGUUGUGCCAGUAGUUGACCCUGCUCCGUCUGCGCUCCACACCCCACUUUCACAAGUUGAGAGAUCUGUACAUCUGCAAGUCGACGACGGAUCGACAGUACUUGACUUGGCUCAACAGACUUUCGUUUGAUCCAUCGGCGGUUAUUAUUACCGUUCAAGUUAUCUGUCACAAAGGGCGGACAGGAGGGUCUAUGGAAUUUCGAACUCUGGCUUAUGACGUUUAAGUUCUGCGCUGGCCAUUUAGCGUGUUGAUUACUUUGUAUUCAGCUAACGGUACAUAUUGGAUCAUGUCUUGAAAUAAGUUGCUCAUAUUGAGUAAUUUGACGAUGAACCAAAGCGAAAACAGAAAAAUGACUCACUGUCACUCAGGCUUCCAGCUCAUCGAGAAUCAUGGAUAAUUGCAGUAUGCGAAGUAGUACUUUUAGCGUUGCAAGGCGCAAACGGUGAGUCGUGGGAUUGGAUCCUGGAUGCAAAGGAAACUACGCAUACUCACAGAUCCAGGUGGCACACAAAUCAUGCCAGAACAGCAAUCCUUGGUCGUGGUGCAAACCGAGUACUGGUACAAACAUGCACUGACAGACAUAGGUGCUGUCAAAGCAGCAACGACGACGAGAAAGGAGAAACGCAUUAUUUGUGCAAGGUGAUAUGAGAUCGGAAUAAUGACUCUGAGGGUGGGGGGACACGGUAG